GGUGUAUAUACAUAGUUGUUUUCUGUAGUAAUAUUGUAGUAACACACAGUGUGAUUUUGUAGUCAAGUGAAACAAGUACAUCGUUACAAUUGUAUAUUAUACUUAUAAUACAUUAAAUAUGAUGAAUAUCAAGAUUAUAAUUUUACUUAGUCUAGCAGCAUAUGCUUCGUGUGGCUCAAAUGGCUCAGAGGAAGGAGAGGCUAGCUAUAUGGAUUUGGACCUACCUGAAGCUUCAAGUUCAACUAAUCCAGAACUGGGAAUUGUAGCUGAGGUAGGUCCAGAAGCUUCAAGUUCAACUAAUCCUAAACUGGAAAUAGUAGCUGAGUUUCAAAACUUACAAUUAAAAGGAAAAUCUGAUGAUGAGAUUAUAGAAGAUGUGUUCAAAGAUUGUAGAGAAUGGUUCAGUCGCAAUACAAAUGACAUACUCAUUAAAAUUACAGAAGAUCAAUUUUGCAAGUACAUGAAAAACUCUGUAGACGAUUAUGGUUCCGUUAUGGUCUACUUGAUGAGUUUUAAGUUUACAGAAUUUUUCGAAACAGCAAGUAAACAUUAA